CAGCAUCAUUGUUUCUGUUGCAUGGGCCCUAAUGCGGCUUUCAGACGGGGCAGCUAAGGAGCUAACCUGCUAGCUCGUGGCGGCUUGAUUGUUAUAAACACAACUCCCACUUGCCGAAGUGAGGAGUGUUAUUCUGCUCGGUGUUUUAGAGCGCAAAGCUACUCGGAGCCCAAACGAAUGGUCUCCUCCUGCAUUCCUCACUAGAUUAAUUACCCUCCUUCUCCCCCCUGGCACAAAGUAAAUCAACACCAUGAGUAUUAUUCAAGACAAGUUAGGCAAUGAGUUUCUGCGCAAUGGAGGCAUGGACCCCAAUUUCGCUCCAGGUAUGCUUAUGUUCAGCCACUUGCCGCCGGUCACCAGCUUCACGCGGCUGGCAUCGCAGUCGGUCAUCGGCGAGCUUCCCCAAGAGAUGAUCCUGAAAAAAGAGCGAGAUUCGCCGCCGGAACACCAAGGCCCCGUCGCUGCCAGCACGGGCGGCUUCCUCCACAGCAUGGGCAUUAAGCAGGAGCGGCUGAGCGAGCUGGACUAUCGGAUGCCCCUCUACAGCGGGGGCGGAGGAAUAGGGGUCAACUGUCCUGGAGGGGGCACGGGGAAGAGCAGCACUGACAUGCCCGACAUGUCGUUCGGCAACCAGCACCAAAAUCACCAGAACAUGCUACUGCAUGACCUUAGCCUCAGCAAUGUUCGCUCCUUGGGAGAACAGAUGCCUGGAAGACCAGGUAAAGAGCCAAAAGAGUCCUCAGGUAGAAGAGGCCGGAGGAGCAAUGGGGAUGGGCAAGGAGGCAAAGCACGGAGGAAACGCAAUGAUCCGUCAAAGGCUAUGAUGUUGGAUGGGGACGGAGCAUGCCUUUCCCCAAACUCAAAACCACAUAUCUGUGAGCACUGCAACGCUGCUUUCCGCAGCUCCUACCACUUACGUAGACAUGUGCUCAUACACACAGGUGAGAGGCCUUUCCGUUGUAGUCAAUGUAACAUGAGCUUCAUUCAGAAAUACCUUCUUCAGCGGCAUGAGAAAAUUCACAGCGGGGAAAAACCUUUCAGCUGUGACCAGUGUAACAUGCGCUUUAUCCAGAAGUACCACAUGGAGCGACACAAAAGGACACACAGCGGCGAGAAGCCUUACCGCUGCGAUACAUGCCAACAGUUUUUCUCAAGAACAGACCGGUUACUGAAGCACAAACGGACUUGUGGAGAAGCCAUAAAAAAGGGUCUAGAUCCAAGCAUGCUGGAGCUCAGUGAAGCAGAGCUAGGCCAAGGCAGCUAUUCACUCUCUCAGGGAAACUCAACCACCUCUGGACGUAAGAGGGCAAAGUCCAAAAACGGUGAAGGUGGCGAACGCAAGAAGAAAAAGAAUGCCCCAGCAGCAGCAUCGUCUGGGGCCAUGGCCCGCGACCUGGGCCUGCAGGACUUCAGCAUGGAGCACCCCUCAGGCUCUGAUCCCACCAUGCAGGGACGCACCCCCAAACUGGUCUUCAAGAAAACUGGACGCAAAGGGCUAGACAAGGGCCUCCUGUCCCUGGAAGAUGGUGCUGAUGGGCAGAAACUGUUGGGCCAGAAGCCGGACGCCAUGGAUCACGUGGAUGGUUCUGCCCUUGACAACAUGGCUCUACUCCAGGGACCUGGGGGCAGCAAACCCGGUCCCACCACCAGCAGCAACUACGACGAUGCAAUGCAGUUUGUCAAAAAGCGGCGCUAUCUCCACGCGGUCAACAACGACUACGGCGCCGGCUCGCUUCACAUGACGUCCCAGGGUAACAACGUGAUCCAGGGUUCCCUGGGGCCCGAACCCACUCUGGCCAUGCUGGACUCCUCGCCGCUGGAACUCAAACACGACAAAUCAGGCAUUCCAGACGAGGUGCUGCAAAGCCUGCUCGACCAUUACAGCCAUAAACCAGAGGGAACCCACCACGAUGUGACCUUCGACCUGUCGGACCACCCGCACCACGUGGACCUCCAGCCAGCAGCGCCCGUUACCCCGGAACUGGAAGACGAUUCCCCCAACGGCGGUGAUAAAACGGCGGUAAUGAGCGAGUACUCGAAGUUCCUCCUUCAGGCCUUGGAGCGCACCAGCCAUAGUGGGCCCUUCCCCAGCCUCGGCCCAACGGGUCCCUUCCCUCUUCUGUCCAGCAGCUCCAGCCCCACGGGGCCCCUGUUCUCUGACAAGCACGCGUACAGCACCUCGCCUCUGGAUUGUGGCUACCCGCCUGCGGUCUCCUCUCCUCUGCCCAUUGCCCCGCCUUCGUCGGCUUCCUCUUCGUCGUCCUCCAAGUCCCACUACGGGAUGUUAGUGGGGUCCCCCUCUCAGGCGGCCUACCACCUCACCCUGGAGUCCACCAGCCACCAGCAGCUGACUCCGUCUCAGGAGCUGACCGAGCAGCUGGAGAAGCAGCACUCCCCGGGGACCUUCACCCUACCGCCCCAGGAGCUCACCGCCACGGCCGAGGGCACCAAGGGGCCACAGUCCAAGGCCGGAGGGAGCGUGGCGGGCUCCAACGGCUCCACCUACCCCGACCUGUCCCCGCUUAACCCCCCUAAAGAAACCACGUACCAGAUCGAGAACUUCGCCCAGGCCUUCGGCUCCCAAUUCAAGUCUGGCCGGCGGACCCCUCUGAGCUACGGCAGCGACCCGGGAGCAGAGGUGGAACACAGAAUACGGACUCCGGUGUCAGAAUUCUCAGGGUAUACCAGCUUGUUAGCUGAUGUCAGUGAGCCAGUGAGUACAGGAUCAAAAACCCCGACAAGCCAAAGUUUCAGAUAAGGGUCAGACGAGGUGAAGCCUGUAAGCGGGGCCAUUUUCUGUUCUUUGUUUUGGUCGCUGUCCACCCGGCCCCCGCACUCGCUCCAAUUUAGUUCCUGUAGCAAAGUUUUUGUUUUUAUGAACACUGCCAUUAAAUGUUAAUACAAAAUGACCAGGGAGGGUCUUCUAUGGCCUCAAAAUGCAAUUUUUUAAGAUAUUCUCAUUUUUAUCAUGUAGUCGCCUAUGUUUUUGUUUAAGAGUAGUGAUUUUUGAUAUGAACGUAUCGUAGAUUUAAAUGUAAUUUAAAAAAAACGUUUAGAGGGUAGCUAUUAACUUGCUUGUUUUAUUUUUUUCCUCCUU